GUCGAUCUCCGCCGCUCAUUCUUGCUUCCCCGAGCCAUCAACACAAGGUCGAUCACCGUGGCUUCUCGCCCGGAAAUGUCUGUCCCCUUUUUUCACUCUACCUGAGGUGUAUGUGAUAUCAGGAACCAUGAGCGGGAGGAUUCUCUCCCAUCGUCUUGUUCCGUUAUUGCGGACCGGUCUUUUAGCCCGCCAUGUUCAUAAUGCUGCUGCGAGGACUGGGGGCCUUCUUCGCUCCGAUGGCAGCGCAGCCCUGCGAGGACGGGCCUGGCCGAUAGGAGCUAAUGCGAUUCACAACAAUGUGCCUGCUGUGCGGGCGAUCUCUUUCACAAGGAUACUCCCUAAACUGGCACUCAAGCUGGUGAAACUCCCUGCUAUGUUUGGGGGUGCUAUGGUGGCAGGGCUAGCUUAUUUCCAAUAUCAAGCCACACAGGCAGGAAAUUAUGCUCUUGAUGUCUUCAAGCGUGCGGGGGAAACGGCGAGCGAUGCAGCUUCGAGCUUGUUCCAAGAAAUCCAGGGUAUUGCCGACCAGACACAACGAGGCUGGGAGAAAACGAAGGAGGCUGUGGAAGUUCCAGAAUGGUUGCAGAACAUCUUACGUUUGAACGAAGACUCUCGGUCUGAGAAUGGUGGCCCUGGAGGAGACGAGCCCCCGAAGCAGAGCCGUCUCGGUGCUGCGACUGCUGGUGCUGCUACUGUGGGAGCUUUUGGUUACGAGCCCUCUGAUGAGGAGGACACUCGCUCGGAAAGGAAGAUUGCGGAGGAUGACCAGAUGAUGCUUCUCACACGGAAGAUGAUCGAGAUCAGAAACAUACUGCAGAGCGUUGGCCAGUCGAAUACCCUGACGCUUCCAUCGAUUGUGGUCAUUGGUUCUCAGUCCUCUGGUAAAAGCUCGGUUCUCGAGGCUAUUGUUGGACACGAAUUCCUUCCAAAGGGCUCAAAUAUGGUUACCCGGCGGCCCAUCGAGCUUACUUUAGUCAACACACCGAAUGCGCAUGCUGAAUAUGGAGAAUUCCCGGCUCUUGGGCUGGGAAAGAUUACCGACUUUUCCCAGAUCCAGCGGACCUUGACGGAUUUGAACUUGGCUGUUCCAGAGAGGGACUGUGUUUCUGACGACCCUAUCCAGCUUUCUAUCUACUCUCCUAAUGUUCCGGACCUCUCCCUCAUCGACCUUCCUGGCUACAUCCAAGUCGCGGGACACGACCAACCCCCUGAGUUGAAACAGAAAAUCUCCGACCUUUGCGACAAGUACAUUCAAGCGCCAAAUGUCAUUCUGGCCAUCUCCGCGGCAGACGUUGACUUGGCUAAUUCCACAGCCCUACGGGCCAGCCGCAGGGUCGACCCUAGAGGUGAGAGGACGAUCGGAGUUAUAACAAAGAUGGACCUUGUUGAUCCGGAGCGGGGCAACGACAUCCUUUCCGACAAGAAAUACCCUCUUCGUUUAGGCUAUGUCGGUGUUGUGAGCCGUAUCCCUCAAACAACAGCACUGUUCUCCAGGGGCAGUGGCAAUGUCACCGGAGCCAUUCUGAAGAAUGAACACGCUUACUUUUCCGCCCACCCGUCGGAAUUUGGGUCACAAUCAGGCGUUUCUGUUGGUGUCUCGACUCUACGUACAAAACUCAUGCAUGUCCUCGAGCAGACGAUGGCAUCAAGCCUAGCAGGUACUAGGGAUGCCAUCAGUCAAGAACUUGAAGAGGCAACGUAUGAGUUCAAGGUCCAAUACAACGACCGUCCUCUCAGCGCAGAGUCAUAUCUUGCUGAGAGUCUGGACAGCUUUAAGCACUCGUUCAAGGCAUUUGCCGAGAGCUUUGGCCGUCCUCAGGUCCGCGAAAUGCUGAAGAAUGAACUCGAUCAACGGGUAAUGGACAUCCUGGCGCAGAGAUAUUGGAAUAAGCCCAUAGACGACCUGUCCGCUCCGCUGCCAGAAUUGGAUCCCCUCAGUGACCUUGCAAAAGCCGAUCCCGAGUCCCUUUACUGGCAUCGCAAGCUGGAUGCUUCAACAUCCUCCCUGACAAAGCUGGGAAUUGGUCGACUUGCCACCACCGUCGUCGCAAACGCCAUCCAGGCCCAUGUCGAUCGCUUAAUCGCCAACUCCACCUUCGCCACGCAUCCGUACGCUCAAAAGCAGAUUGUCGAUGCGUGCAAUAGCAUCUUGAAUGACCGAUUCUUCAGCACUAGCGACCAGGUUGAAAACUGCAUCAAGCCAUUCAAAUUCGAGAUUGAAGUCGAAGACCCAGAAUGGACCAAGGGACGGGAAAACGUCAGCAAGACCCUCAAGGAUGAGCUCAAAGCCUGCGAGGCGGCCUUCAAGCGCCUCGAAGACUCCGUCGGGCGAAGGAAGCUCAAGGAUGUCAUGUCGUUUGUCGACAAGGCGCGUAAGGGCGAGGUGUUCCUGGAAGGCGACGGCGCCGGAGGUGCUGGCGGAUUCAGCUCCGCUCUGAUAGCCCGAGGCCGCGAGAGCGUCUUCCUCCGUGACCGAGCCGACCUCAUCAAAAUGCGCCUCCUCGCCGUGCGCUCCAAGCAAUGCUCCGCCAAAAAGAACAAAUACUACUGCCCAGAAGUCUUCCUCGACGUCGUCGCCGACAAGCUCACCUCCACCGCCGUCCUCUUCCUCAAUGUCGAGCUCCUCUCCGAAUUCUACUACAACUUCCCCCGUGAACUCGACAUGCGUCUCGGCCGCCACCUCUCCGACGCUGAAGUCGAGCGCUUCGCCCGCGAAGACCCGCGCAUCCGCAACCACCUCGACGUCAUCAAGAAGAAGGAACUCCUCGAACUAGCCCUCCAAAAGAUCGAAAGUAUCCGCCAACUCGACGGACGCGGAAAGAACAGGAACCCAGAUCGUCCAGUUGGUAGUAGGGAACAGAGAAAUCGUGGUUGGAAUCUAUUUUAAACACCAAUCAAUCAAUCAACAACUUUCUACUCGCCCACUACUACUACCUACCUACCUAUCUAACCAAUUAGAUUUUCUUCUUUCCUUCUUCUUCUUCCUUUCUUUCUUCUUCUCCGUCCACAGCACCCUCAUGCUCCUUGUUGAAUCCGGCGCGAUCUUUCGGGUUACUUCCACCCCCCUCUUCUACCUCUAUCCCUCCGCCCACUCUGUGUGAAUCCGAUCUCACCUCUUCUCUAUGCUUGAUACCUCUCCCACACCCUCUACUCAGCGUAUACCCCUUCUCUCACACUCGUUCUAUCUCAUUUCCUCCUUGUAUACCACAUCCGACGGGGCCGAUCUUGUUCAUAGCUGAAGCGUAACUUGACUCUAGGAUAGGAUAGGAUAGGCGUUAGUGCUGUGCUUCCAUCCAUUAAAAUAGAC